AUGAACCCCUCACGUCCAGUGAGCAGCGCUCUUCGGGCCGCUCAGAGACUGCGAUGCUGCAAUUCCGUGCCCUUGUGGCGCCCGUCACUCCCAUCGAGUCGUCAGAUCCGCCGCUACGCUGCCGUCUCUGCUGCCGAUCUCCAGUUUGGCCAGCCAGUGCAUGAGACGCAUCCUCACAUUCUCAAAGCCGGCGAGAUCACUCCGGGUAUCACAGCCCAGGAAUAUUGGGAGAGACGUGCUCGCCUGGCUGAGAAGCUGCCCGACGGUGGCGUUGCCGUCCUGUCUGCCGCCGACCUCAAGUACCGCUCCGGUGCCGUCUUCUUCCCCUAUCGCCAAGAGUCCAACUUUCUGUACCUGACCGGCUGGAAUGAGGGCGAUUCCGUGGCUGUCAUCCAGAAGACGGGCAAGGAAUUCGGCGACUACCUGUUCCACCUGUUCACUCAGCCCAAGAACCCGGCGGCCGAGCAGUGGUCAGGUGCCAGGAAUGGCAUCCAGGCCGCUACGGAUAUCUUCAACGCCGACAAGGCGGGCGAUAUUAACAAGAUCCACCAGUACCUCCCCGAUAUCGUGAAGUCGGCGAGCCGCGUCUACACAGACCUCGAGAAACCGAGGCAGGGCGAGCAAGAGAACAAACUAUGGCAGCUCAUGAAGAGCGAAAAGUCAUGGUUUCCCUCGGUUAAGAUUCCUCUGUACCCUCUCAUGAACUCUUUACGGUGUAUCAAGUCCCCGGCAGAGGUCGCAAACAUGCGCCGCGCUGGACAGAUCUCGGGCCGGGUCAUCACCGACGCCAUGCGCAAGCAGUGGACCCGCGAGAAGGACCUCCACGCCUUUCUCGAUUACAGGUUCACCGCAGACGGCUGUGACGGGCCGGCAUACGUCCCCGUCGUAGCAGGCGGGCAAAAUGGUCUUUGCAUUCAUUACGUUGUGAAUAACAACGCGAUGAAAGACGGCGAGAUGAUUCUCGUCGACGCGGGUGGAGAGUACGGCACAUACAUCACUGACAUCUCUCGCACCUGGCCUAUAAACGGCAAGUUCAGCGCGGCACAGAAGGACCUCUAUGAAGCCGUUCUCGCCGUUCAACGUUCAAGCGUGUCCCUUUGCCGUGAGAACGCCAAUCUCUCCCUCGACGACAUUCACGACCAAACGGCAAACGGUCUGCUCGAGCAGCUCAAGAGCCUAGGCUUCGACAUCACCUCCCGCGAUCUUGAUGUCUUAUUUCCGCACCAUGUUGGUCACUACGUCGGCCUGGAUGUCCACGAUGUUCCUGGCUAUGGCAGGAGAACGCCGCUGAAAGCCGGACACUGCGUGACCAUCGAGCCUGGUAUCUACGUUCCGGAUACAGACCGUUGGCCGGAGCACUUCCGUGGUAUGGCAGUUCGGAUUGAGGACAGCGUCUGUGUGGAUACCGAGUCACCGUAUGUUCUCUCGACAGAAGCUGUAAAGGAGGUUGUCGAUAUUGAGGCUCUCAGGGACUGA